CUGACUACAUUUCCCAGGCCGCACCGAGAGCAUGUUUGAACAGGCCAAUCGGCCGCCGGCGGAGACCAGCGAGGCAUUUAAACCCUUGGUGGAGACCCAUCUAUAUUUUACGCCCUCCCUGUCUGAGGCGAGGGAGAACUUUGGAAGGAGGAGACGGCCACGACGUGCCUUCGGCCAGCCAGAGGAAAGAGGUGAAGAUGGAGGCUGGUGGUAAGAAGGAAGGCAUGGAAGGAUGCUGGUCUCCCACUCUCAACCACAAGCAAUGAAGCCUGCAAGCUGUUUGAUGCCACCUUGACCCAGUAUGUCAAGUGGACCAAUGACAAGAGUCUUGGUGGCAUCGAGGGCUGCUUGUCAAAGCUCAGGGCAGCAGAUCCGACCUUUGCCAUGGGCCUUGCCAUCUCUAACGGCCUUAUGCUCAUUGGCUCGGGAACCUCCGUGAAGCUGGACAAAGACCUGGACCUGGCUGUGAAGACCAUGGUGGAGCUUUCCCAAACCCAGACUCUGACACCUCGGGAGCAGCUGCAUGUGUCUGCGGUGGAGACAUUUGCCAAGGGGAACUUCGCCAAAGCCUCUGAUCUCUGGGAACAAAUCCUCCGGGACCACCCAACAGACAUGUUGGCCCUGAAGUUUUCCCACAGUGCCUACUUUUACCUGGGACACCUGGAGCAGAUGCGGGAUUCCGUGGCUCGAGUUUACCCCUUUUGGACACGUGACAUCCCCCUUAACAGCUAUGUGAAAGGCAUCUAUGCUUUCGGACUGAUGGAAACCCACUUCUAUGACCAGGCACAAAAGCUUGCCAAAGAGGCUUUAUCUAUAGAACCGACGGACGCGUGGUCAGUGCACACUAUGGCCCACAUACAUGAAAUGAAAGCAGAGGUCAAAGACGGGCUGGAGUUCAUGCGGCAUUCCGAAGGCCACUGGAAGGACUCUGAUAUGCUGGCUGGCCAUAAUUACUGGCACUGGGCCCUGUACUUGAUUGAAAAGGGAGAAUACGAGGCUGCACUCACCAUCUACGACAACCAUAUCCUCCCCAGCUUGCAGGCCAGUGGUGCCAUGCUGGAUGUGGUGAACAGCUGUUCCAUGCUCUACCGUCUUCAGAUGGAAGGGGUGUCCGUUGGCCAGCGGUGGCAGGCUGUUCUACCUGUGACCAAGAAGCACACCCGAGACCACAUCGUUCUGUUCAACGAUGCUCACCUCCUGAUGGCCUCGCUGGGUGCACGGGACCUCCAGACCACACAGGAGCUGCUGACCACCCUGCAGGAGGCCAGCAAGUCCCCAGGGGAGAACUGCCAUCACCAGUUGGCGAAAGACGUUGGGCUGCCCCUGUGCCAGGCCCUUGUGGAGGCUGAGAACGGAAACCCUGACCGAGUCUUAGAGCUCCUUUUGCCAAUCCGAUACAAAAUUGUCCAGAUCGGGGGCAGCACCGCCCAGAGAGAUGUCUUCAAUCAACUGUUGAUUCACGCGGCCUUAACCUGCACCUCCAGCGUCCAUAAGAAUGUGGCCCGGAGCCUUCUGAUGGAACGUGACGCCUUGAAACCCAACUCACCCCUGACUGAGCGGCUGAUCCGCAAGGCAGCCGCCGUCCAUCUUAUGCAGUGACAAUGGCCAGGUCCUUGGCCUACAGCUCAGCACUGACCUCCUGGCGUUAGGUGGACUGCCUUGUUGGGCUAGGGUUAGGAAACAGCUGGGUCUGUUUGCCAGAGGGUAAAGUUCAGUCCUGGUAGAAUUCUCCAGAUCAGUAGUUUGGUAGAAAUAGGAAACACACGUUAAUUUUGAGUGAUAUUCAGAAUUCCUCUCAGGGCCAACAUGCAUUUUUAAGCCUUUAGUUCUAAAGCAGUGCUAUCAUUUGCAAGUGCCUUGAACAUUGUAUUUUCUUGUUCUGAAGCCAGCAGGUGUUGGGGGCUGACUUUUAGCAGAAAGCGGCUAUCAGCUUUGCAGCCAUCUUGAGCCAUAUACCCUGACCUGAGACUUGGAUUACAAUAGCCUACAACAGCUGAGAACACUCCGAUAAUCUUGGUUUAGAUACCUUGGGUGUGUGAGAUUAAAGGUGUGUGAGAUUAAAGGUGUGUAAUUUAAGAGUAUGACUUAGAAGUGUAGAGAUCAGAUUUAGAGACAAGGCCUAAGGGCAUGAUUAAAGGUGUGACCAAAAGGCAUGGCUUAGAAGUGAGACAUAUAAAAGGCGGAGGCAGACAUGAGAGAAUCAGACUCAGCAGACAGAGGAGACAGAGAAGCAGACACUUAGAGGAAGAGAGACUGAAGAAUAAACGGGAUUG